AUGAAUGAAAAUGCACUUCACUUGCUGUACGGUUUCCUUAAGUCUCAACAAUUCAGUGAUGCUGUUGAGUUCAACCUUCUGGGUUGUCUCUGUGAUCUUAAAAUGCACGGACGACCCCGCAAAGCCCCGACAAGAGAAGAUGAAGCAGGUUCAGCAGGCAAGGGCAAAAAGCUUGGGUUCCUCCAGUCUCAACUCCUAUACAACCACCACAAGAAGAUUUAUAACGAGGAAGCUCUCGACCUCAGUGCCAAAACCCUCCAGACAAACCCCGACUUGUACACCGCUUUGAACUACAGAAAGCUCGCUGUCCAGCACAAACUCGCUGCUUCCCACCCAGACUUCAACUCCAUUUUCGACCCAGAACUUAGACUGGUCGAGAUUGCGUUGGGAACGAAUCCUAAAGCCUACAGAGCAUGGUAUCAUCGUGAAUGGACCACGAAUAAUUACGGAGCAUUUUUAGCUACAUUGUUCAAUACAUCAGACCAUGAGGAAUUGAAGUUUACCAACAAAAUGAUACAAGAUAACCAGGACAAUUUGAGCAAUUACUCAAUGUGGCAACAUCAUAGGUAG